AUGGGAGUUUUGGAUGAACAUCACUUUCGACAGAAGAACAUCACAAUGAGCGGCACCCCAUCCACACUCUUUCAGUUGGCAAGACACAGUCUACUGACAGAGGAAGCUUUAGUCAUUUCUGCUCUGGAGCAACUACCUAUUCAUCUAUUUUCAACACUGUUCAAAGGAGGCUUCACAGACAGGCAUACAAAGGUCCUGACUGCAGUGGUGUCUGCCUGGCCCUUCCCAUACCUUCCUGUUGGAGCCCUGAUAGAUAACCUUGACCUGGAGACUUUGAAAGCACUGCUUGAUGGGUUGAAUGUCCUGUUAACGAAGAAGGUUCAUUCCAGUAGGUGCAAACUCAGAAUGCUUGAUUUGAGGAGGAAUGUGAAGUAUAAUUUCAACAGCAUACAGGUUGGAUCCCAUGAAGAUAACGGCUCACCACAGACGUGUCCUCACCCUAGGAGGAGGCUAUAUUUUAAGGUGGUAACUGAUUUUGAACUCACAGAGGCCGGUUUAGAUGAAUGGAUUAUAUAUUUGUUGCAAUGGGUUAAGCAGAGAAAAUCUUCCGUUCAUCUAUGCUGCAGGAAGCUGCACAGUUGUGCCUUACCAGUCUCUACUGUCAGAAAGGUCUUAAAAUUGGUGGAUUUGAAUUGUAUCCUGGAGCUACGGCUGAGUCAGUGGUUGCUUGAAUUCCUGGUAGAUCUUGUUCCUUACCUGGAGCAGAUGAGUAAUCUUCAGACCCUCGUGUUAGAGGGAAUUCAGGAGCCCUUCAGUGCUACUACUUGUGAAGACCAGGAAGAUGAGUGGCAUAGCACGUUGCUUUCUAUGCUCCCCAACUUCGUCCGUCUCCAGAAUCUCUGUUUGAAUGAUAUCUACCUUCUAGAAGACUCCCUUGACAAGUGGCUCAGCUGCCUGACAACCCCUUUGGAGACAUUGUCAAUUAUUGGCUGCCAUCGCCUCUUACAGUCGGACUUCGAGUACCUGCCCCAUUGUGUGAAUAUUCGUAAGCUCAAGCAUCUGAACCUGAAUGGUAUCUUUCUAUGUGAUAUACUCCCUAAGCUUCCGGGGCUCAUCCUUGAGAAUGUCUCAAGUACCCUACAAAUUCUGGAACUGGAGCAGUGUGGGAUGACAGACUCUCAUUUCAAAGCCCUCUUGCCUGCCCUGAGCAAAUGCUCCCGGCUCCUCAAAGUCAACUUUUAUAAGAAUGAUCAUAUCUCUCUGCUUGUCCUGAAGGACCUUCUUUGUCACACAGCCAAGCUGAGCCAGCUGACCGAGGAGCUGUACCCUGCCCCUCUGGAAUGCUAUGAGGGUAACAAGAUACUUAAAGACAAAUUUAAGCAAUUUUGUCCAGAGCUGCUGGAUCUACUUAGGGCCCUAAGGAAGCCCAAGAAAGUCUCCUUUGCUACAAGAUCUUGCUGGGAGUGUUCACAUUCCUGUUAUUAUUCUAACCUGGGGGCCACAGAUUGCCUUUGUCAUUAA